CUCCCUUGUCAAUGAUGCUAGAAAUAGUUCCCUUUUUCAUUUACUAUGGUUAAAGUAGCUUUUGUGUUUAAUUCUGAACUUAUUAAUUGAAGAAGUAAAUGGCACUGAUAUAACCAAACUGAAAUAGAAAUAAUAAGAGCUGCGAACGAAUAUCAAAAAUAUAGUUGACAUAUCACCUUGGAAUCAAAAUGGCCGCCUGUCAAAAUUUCGGAAAUGUAACCUGAAGAGAAUUGUUUUUAAGAAUAUGUAAUUUGACAGUAUUACAGAAGGACAAGAUGCCUCAUCCAGAUACAGAAUACCAUCACCAUUUCAGGGUGAAUGGCUGGAGUUGUCCUUUCCAUCCUCUACAGUUUGUAGCAUGGUUUGCUGUCUUAUAUUAUACUAUAGUAUAUUUCACCACCAUGGUUCCAGCCUUACCAACAAACUGGCAACCAGCAGGAUAUAUUGUGACUGGGCUUGCUUUAGUUGCACAUGCAGUGUCUCAUAUUGUUGCCAGUACUAUCAACCCUGCUGAUGUAGCAGUUAUACAGAAAAACAGUAAACAGCCAGCCAAAUUUGACAGACGGAAACAUAAACAUGUUAUAGAAAACAUGCAUUGUUAUAUUUGUGAAGUUGAUGUAGGUGCUAAAUCUAAGCAUUGUAGUGCAUGUAAUAAGUGCGUGACGAACUUUGACCAUCACUGCAAAUGGUUAAACAACUGUGUUGGUGGACGUAAUUAUAAUUGGUUUCUGGCUGUACUUGUUACUGGGAUCAUAGGUGUGGUACUGGUCUUCCUUGUUUGUAUGGUAGAGUUUAUUGCAUACUUCACAGAUGAAGAUGAUGGAGAAAUACUGCUGCCUUAUAUAGAUUACAAAGUAAUGUUGCAAUUAAAUCCCAAUUUGACAUCAGCAUCACCAGAGUUUAAGAUUAUGCACAUACCAAUAAAAGAGAAAGCAGGAUGGCUAGCCUUGUUGGGAAUAACAGCAAUACUUCUAUUACUAUCUUUAGCAUUACUCAUCCAUCUGUUUGCCUUCCAUUGCUAUCUAAUGUACAAUAAGAUGACAACUUAUGAUUACAUUGUAAAACAGAGAGAAAAAGAGGUUGAAGCAGUCAAACCACCUGUGUCUACUGGUAGACGAAAACGAGUUCCUGUAAGCAUGAUGAACAGAGUAGGACCAAGAGGUUCAAGAAAAAUUGUCAAAAAAGGUUCAGAAGAAAAAGAAUAUAAACACAGAGAUGAAGGAGAAACCUCAGGAGAGACCCCACCUCCUACAACCAGUCCAAUGAGACAGAAUGAAAACAAUAAUAAUGCAGAUAAAAUUUACAGAGAUGGAAGUAUAAGAAAAAAGCCACAUGCUCAUAUUGACAACGAAGUCGGAGCUAAAAAAAUCAAAAGAAAAAAGAAAAAAUCCUACAAAGCCCCAACACACAGAAGUUCAGAUGAUGAGACAGACAGAAAGAUUUCUACAAUUGAUAAUCCUCAAUUCUAUACAACUGCUCAGAAUGUUGAAUUGGAAUUGCCAAUUCAUAGUCCAAUAAAAGUAUCACCACCCCCACUUGUUCCUGUGAAAGCUGUUGGUGCAUCACAGGAAUAUAAUUCGGAUUCAGCAGAAUCGUUACACGAAGUUAAACCUCGACAGAGGCCAUUAGCAUUUAGAAAUUCAUCACAGAAGAAUAUUGCAAAAGGUUCUGACAGUCCAGAUUCUGGAAUUAUUUCACAAGACUCUUUACGAAGAAGUAAAAAACCAAAACGUAAAAAAUCAAAAACAAGGAAUACAGAUGAAGAUUUGAAUGCUACAACUUUAUUGACUGUAAAUUCAAAUGCCACAUAUAAUAUGGAUGGUAGUUUGGAUUAUACUAAUGGUAUGCCUGUAACUCCAGUUGUGUUAAAACUCAGACAGCAUAGAGAUCUGCCAAAACUAGAAUCGCCUCCACCAGAAGUGCCACGAUUAGACUUAGGUCCCUUGACUGCAAGUUCUUUAGACAAUUUGUCAUAUAGACCUCCUAGUUCACUAAGGUCAGAUGAUACUUACCUAACAGCAAGAUAUCCAGAUUAUUAUAAUAACAAUAAUUUGACUUCUUCACAGAAACUUUCUCAGGUGCCAGAAAUGAUUGGUUUGGAUACUGAGCUGUAGCUAAUGUACAAGUGAUUUUUUUUGGGACCAAAUUGUUUGCAUACCUUUUCAGAUGAUUGUAAUGUGUGCUAGAGUAUUAGAAGCCAUGUUGAUCCAUGUUUCCAUUUAAUUUUCUCUACUUUAGUAUAGUUAUACAUGUAUUAUAAAUAUAACUUAUAUACAUUUCCUGCAACUUUAGUUUGCACUUACUUGUAAAUUUAAGCUUAAAUUUGUAUUUUUUCACUGCACUCUUUUGCAUCAUGGUAGGUAAAAAAAAACUUCUUCAGUAGAUUUAUUACUUUUGUUGGAAACAUUUCAUUAGAUUUCUCUAAAAACCAGAAAUUUAUGAACUACAAAUUACAAAUCUUUGUCAUACUGACAAUAUAUUUUUCAGUUUUUUCAUAACAACUGCUCAAUUUUGCAAACUAUUCUGAUGAUUCGAUAAAAUUUUGAUAAAAUACAUUUUUUCAAACAAUGUUAUUUUCAUGUUAUCAAACUUAAGUGAUACAUAUUUUUAUUUCUUUUAUGUUAAUUUAAAUUAAUAAAUAUUGAGUGAGAUUUUAUUUUUAUUUCUAUUCUUUGUAAGAAUCUUGCAAUAUAAGUUGUACAAGUAUUAUACUGGGAAGGCAAUUAUAUUUUUAUGCUGAGCUGAUUUUGUCCUUGUCCUAAGUCUGAAUGGUACUUGGUUUUUGUAGGUUAGGUAAAUUUGGAAAUACAGUAAUUUUUUAAAAGUGAUGGUGCCUGAAAUAAUCAUUCAGUUAUUUCCAUUAAGGGACAGUUUACAUAGUUUUAAAUGGUUUUUUUUUCUUGACAAAUUACUUUUAUGAAUUAAGUUGACACAUUUUUUUUAUCAUUUUGUUUGACUGCUACUUAAUUUUUGCCAAGGUUAGCCUUGAAGAAUCCUUUUUGAAAACAAGUUACAAAGAUAAAAGUCAAAAUCAGAAGUUAACAUUCUGUUCUAUUUCAUUACAGAAAGGACUAUGUUAGUGCAGAGUAUUUCAUAUGAUGUACAAAUUUCUAUUGCUGUUAUAAGAAUGUGAGAAAUUAUGCAGUAAAGAUGCCAAAUUUAUACUUAAAAUAUAAGACAUAUGACGUGUAAUUUAUUGUGUGAAUGAGAAAGUGCUGAAAAGGAGGAGGUGUGCUAUAAAGCCCGACUUGGCUGACAAACAAAUCAUAUAAAAAAUAGGUGGUUAAUUCGUAAAGAUAGUUGAUAUGUAUGUGCAAAGUUCAAACUGUAAGGAAAAUCAAAUUGAAUUUUCACUGAGUUUUUUGUAGUUUUGUAGUUGAAAUAUAGCAUAAAGUUUUUUGUUCUCCAAAAAUGUUUUAAAAAUUGCAUAUUUUGACACAAAUUUGUGAAAAACGUAAAUAUCAAGCACAUAAAAGUACCAAAUAAUUUAAAUGAGACUGUGAUAAGAGAUGUUUGUUUCUAUAAACAAUUUAAACAUGUUGGUUAGUUUUAUUUGGUAUUGGCACAUGGUCCAAAAAUAGAUUGAAUCGUAAAACGACUAUGCAUUUUUCUGAGAGAAAAAAAUUGUGUAAUAGGGCCGUUAUUCAUUUGAAACUUUGAAUUAAAAGUUUGCCAAAGUAGAAAUAGCAAUCUUUUUUUCAGAGAAUUGAUGGAAAAAAAGAUGUUUUUAUUUUGUUACCAAACAAAGUGCUUUUGUUGUGCUGGACACAAUACUCAAAUGACAUUCAUGUAUAUAUUUAAUUCUGUAAUGUCCUGGUUUGACAUGAUCAUAAAGAGUUGGAUUUUUACAUCAAAACAAAAUAUGAGUAAAACAAAAUAAAUAAUUUUAACCCUUGAGACAGGUCUUAAGGUUAAAUUCUAAAAAUGUCUUUAGUCAGUUAUCUAAUUUUUAUCUACAUCCGUCCAUUUUAAAAUAUUGCACAAUUUGUAUAAUAUAAAGUGCUUUUUCCAAUAUAGUAUGUAUUUUGUUUUUAAUUAUUGUUCUCAUUAGUAUUUAGCAUUUUUGUUGGUUGACAUUCCAUCAUUCCAUUUCAUUUCAUUUUAAUGCAUCCUUUAUUUCAUUUUAAUUGGUAUGAAAUAAUUCUGUAAUCUAAUAUUUUGAUAAUCUUGCAACUCCAUCCGGCAAGUGUUAAGGCUACUGUUUUAGGCGGUUAAGUUAUAAAACUGUUCUCAGUACAGAAUACAAAAUUAUGCUCAAAUCACGAAAUCCAGUACUUUGACUGUCAUCUCCAUUGUAAUUUUCAAGUGCAUUCUUUGGCAAAGUCACCAAGAGCCUGACAAACAAGUUAUAAAUUAAAUCUGUUAAAGUACCCAAAGAACUUUUUUUUUGUCCCUCACAAAAUCAUGACCACAUUUCAUAUAUCUAGUAUUUAGCAUAUACUUGACAGAAAUCAUGCAUGGUUUCGUAGCAGUUUUAUAGGAUUUUGGUCAUUUUUAUUGAACAGCAAAAUUGCGGGUGCCUACAAUGUUUAGCUAAUGUAAGCCCUUUUCAAAAUGUAUGUAUUAAUACCUAACUUUAGCCUUAUUUAAAAUAUUUGAAGUCAACAUCACUUCUAUCAGAUUUGUCAGAUGGACAUCUUGGAAUGUUCUGUUCUGCAAGAGUGAUGCUUAUUUUAUCAGUAAUAACAGUCUAACUAAUCUGUCUCAUUAUGAAGCAUCCCACAUCUUAUUUUUAAAUCAUGUGUUGAAAACUUGUAUAGAAGUUUUUUUUCUCCCAUGUAUUGAUCCCAAACUACAAUAGCAGAAUUUUUUACUAAGCACAAUUCUGAACAACACAUUUUCAUUUUUAUAGCAAGUAUUAGAAUUGGCAGGUACUUUUAUUUAGUAUUAUUUCUCUUUUAAAGUCUACUAUCAUAGUAUUUUGUUAAGUUUUAUUUAUAACAAAGUUGUUGUGAUAAUGUUUUGUGAUGUUUAUUUUUACAAUGGAUCUGUGAUUUUCAUCAGUUGCAUGUUAUGCAAAAUUGUUAUUACAUUUUGGAUCAUUGAAAUACUAUUCUAAUAAAUGGAUUUUUUUU